CGACAAGGUGGGACAGGAGCAUUACUGGAAGGUGAGAGUGCAGUGUGGCCCUUUAAGAGAGAGCAAGAGACAGGUUUGUGAAAUAGAAAUUACUCUGGGAGGUCAUAAGCUUUUCUGAAGAGAUGUGUUUUGAGGGACAUUUUAAAAAGAUUGAAGAGUAGGGGAGAGUCUGAUUGGGGAGGCAGGCUGCUCCUAAGCACGUCUCGGCUGCAGGGCACUAAACACCAAGGCCUCGAUUUAACAAUUUUGGAUACAUUUUUCAAAUGAUCACGAUCUGUUACAAAAACUUUUCAAGUUAUUUAUCUACAAACAUUUCCAUUAUUUUUAAUGGUGACUAAUGUAAAUAAAAUUAUUUUAAAAGUUUUCUAGAAGACUGAAAACUAAUUGGAAUGUGCUAGUCCAAAAAAAAUAAAAAAAAAAAAAAGGUAGGGUGGACGUUGUUCAUCAGGAGCAAUCCAGAAGGGCCAGUUGGUAUACAGUUCUAUAUAAUCAAUCCUGCAACAAUACACAUUACCAACUAGUGUAAUUCAGUGUGUACAAUACUAUCUCUCAAAUUGCCAAGUCAUUAUGAUAUAAUUUUCUACCUAUUAGAAGUCACUGAGUUUUCUUUACAGGACAAAAGAUAAAAAAGGUAUCCAUGCCUUUAUACAAGAAACAAACAAACAAAAAAAAUCUCCAUGGUUGAUCAAGUUUUGUUUUUUUAGAAAAAGGGUUCGUUUAGUAAACUCUGAAUUGCACAAAAAAUAAAAAAUUCUUAUUGAAAACAUGAUUUGGAAUUCUGUAGGACUCCCUGAGUUCAUGUAGAGAUGGAAAAUAAGGAAUUCUGCAGGGCAGUCUUAGUUUAUGCAUGGCUGGAACUAGUGCUUACAUUUUUUUUUUUUUUAAAUGCUAUAAAUUUGAUACAGAGUUGCAAAAUAAAAAAAAAAAAUAUUCUGAAAUGCUGCCAAUGUUUGGGGAAACCCAUAAAGGAAAAUAGAAAAUGUGCUUGGCUGCAUGAGUGUGUGUAUGUAUAUAUAUAUAUUUUUUUUUUAUUUUUAUUAUUUUUAUUAUUAUUUUUUAAAUCUGCAGAGCUACAUUGAUAGAAUUGCUACAUUUUAAAAAGAUGUGCUACAAAUCAAAAAGGAACAUAAAUAAUAAAAUAAUAACAACAUACAAUCCUACAAUGUUUCUAUAAAAGCUCCUUCCGUGCACACAUGCAAAGAUAUCACUGUUUUAUCACAUUCAUUGUCUCUGCUGUUGUAGCACUGCGACUCCCAAUGACAGCCAUAGUCAUGGAUGAUGGGAAUUGUAGGCUCAGCUCACAGCUCUUAACCCAAAAUGCAUGAAUUUUGCAGCCAAUAUUACAAAACAUAAAAUUAUAUAAAAGGACACAUGGAUGGAUUAGUGGCUGCAGGGGUGUGGGUUAAAGAGGAGGUUGAUGCUGUGUACACCAUCAGGCAGACUCUGCAAGGAAAUGACACCCCACCCCACCCCCUUCCCAAAAACCUACCCCCAAACCAGCACUUACCUAGUGAAGGCAAAGUACAUGAGACUGAUAAUGGUGAAGGUCAGCAGGGUGAUGGUGUGGGGCUUGUAGAAGAAAUCAAUGGUGAUGUCCUCUACCUGCUGUUCGUUGAUCAUCCUGAAAUGCAGUUUAUAGUUAACAUCAUCCUUACUGAGAGUCCUGGAUCUCAUACAGGACGCCAUGUCCCCCUGAGCGCCCUCUCCAUCCCAGCCCAGGAAGCAAACACUGACACAGGCACCCAGACACUCACACCCCGGACCGGACCAUUCCCACACCGGGACGGGAGCACCACUCCAUGCACAACACAAUUUUUACCUGCAUAGCAGAGCACGCACUUGUUGCUGCACUGGACGAGCUGUGUGAUCAAUUACAGCAUCUGAAGUUUAUUAUUUAUGCAUUAUUGCGCAGUGUACAGGCCAUUACAGACAGUGCAAUGUGAGCUCCCCCCCUAUGUUUGGAAUGUGGACUCGCCCAUAGAGGAAGUGUUUCUGCCUGCUCUGCACCCACGUGGGUUAAAGCUGCGGAUGGGGGGCUUGUUAGCUGGUAUUGGUGGAGGGUAAGUGGCAGUAGAGGAGAAAAAUAAAUAAAUGUUUCCACUGUUGUUGUAUUUAUAUUUUAAGUCAGAUGUGUGCUGUCUGCCAGAGUUACAAUGCGUUGAUUUAUAUAUAUUUUUUUCAUGAUUAGUGGCAUAGUAAACAAAGGUCAUGUUAUGCUAUAAAAUCAUUAAAGGGACAUUAUAGUCACCCAGACCACUUCAGCUCAAUGAAGUGGUCUGGGUGCCAGGUCCCCCGGAUUUUAACCCUUCAGAGGCAAACAUAGCAGUUUCAGAGACACUCCUAUGUUUACAUUGCAGGGUUAAUCCAGCCUCUAGUGACUGUCUUCCUGACAGCCGCUAGAGGCGCUUCUGUGCAGAACAUCCAUAGGAAAGCAUUGAGAAAUGCUUUCCUGUGGACUGUUUGAAUGCACGUGCGGCUCUUGCCGCGCAUGCGCAUUCCACUCAACUCGGGUGCUAAUGUCGGCAGGGGAGGAGAGGUCACCAGCGCCGAGGGAGCCCGGAGCUGGAUAAAGGUAAGUGGCUGAAGGGGUUUCAACCCCUUCAGCGCCAAGAGAGAGGGGCCCUGAGGGUGGGGGGGCCCUGGGGAGGAUAUAGUGUCAGGAAACCAAGUUUGUUUUCCUGACACUAUAGUGAUCCUUUAAGGGACACUAUAGGCACCAAGACCACUCCAGCUUAUUGAAGUUUACUUGGUGUAGUGUCCCUGUCCCUUUAGUCAUGCGAUGUAAAACAAUGCAGUAUUUUAGGAACUAAGACAGCCUCUUCAGGUGCUUCCGUGAGUUUACCGGACUCUGGGUCCCCUAUAUGACGUUGGACAUCAUCACAUUCUGCACUAGGACAUCCAGCAUCCGUGAAAUUCCCAUAGGAAAGCAUUGAGUCAAUGCUUUCCUAUGGGGAAGACAUAAUGCCCUCUCCGUGCAUUAGGUUCCCCCUAUCAGAUGACUUCAGAGGGGACAGAGCAGCGACUGAGCACCGAGGGUGGAAUCUAAUGAAUAUGCGAUGGAAGGGGGUUACCAGAGGGCACUAUAGUGUUAGGAAUACAAUUUUGUAUUCCUAACAUAUAGAUUACCUUUAAGCCCUUAAGGACACAUGACAUGUGUGACAUGUCAUGAUUCCCUUUUAUUUCAGAAGUUUGGUCCUUAAGGAGUUAAAGGGACACUCCAGACACCCAGACCACUUCUGCCCAUUGGAGUGGUCUGGGUGCCAACUCCCACUAACCUUAACCCUGCAACUGUAAAUAUUGCCGUUUUCAUAAACUGCAAUAUUUACCUUGCAGGGUUAACUCCUCUUCUAGUGGCUGUCUACUAGACAGCCACUAGAGGGUACUUCCGGGUUUAUAGCUCACAUUUCGUGUGCUGUAGCGUCGCUGGUGUGAGGACCUCCAGCGUCGCUGAAAUCCCCAUAGGAAAGCAUUGAAAGCAUUUUUCAAUGCUUUCCAGUGGGGAGGUCUAAUGUUCCCCAGCCGGCGGCUGCGCAUGCACAGUAGGUCUCCCCCGCCGGAUAACGUCGGCGGGGGAAGAGCGUGGGCGGACCCUGAACCAGCGCCGAGGGACAUCUGCGCUGGAUACAGGUAAGUCACUGAAGGGGUUUUAACCCCUUCAGCAACUUGGGAUGGAGAGUGGGAGGGAGAGGGGACCUGCAGUGCCAGGAAAACGGUUUGUUUUCCUGGCACUGGAGAGUCCCUUUAAGCAUAUAUUAAGCAUACAUAAAGCACCAUUUAGUAGAUAGACAUAUAGUGGGUAAGAUAUGGACAUUUAGUAGAAAUUACAUAGAUAUUAAGUAUAUACUUUUUUUUUUUUUUAAUAGUUAUAUUUAUCUCAUAUAUUGGUGUUUAUAAAUUAUUGUUUCAUUCCUAUAAUCACUUUAUAUAGAUUAGGAUGUAUUUUUAUAUAAUGUACACCUGCUAUAUUCAAUUUAUCCUAAAAUAUCUGUUGUUCUUGAAAAUGUAGCUAAAUUGCAAAACCAGCCAUAAUCAAAGUUUUUUUUUUUUUUGUGCAAAAUUUACCUUGCUCCAGUAUUGGCUAUAUUAAUAGUAUACCUCUAUAAUCCUCACAUCAGAUCAGAAUACACCAUAGUUCCACUAUUGAAGUUACAUAAUCUUCCGUGGGAAUCCUUGCGGAGUUAUUCACUGAAGUAAGAGUUGUCUGGAAUUCAAAGCAAAUUUAAAAUUUAAGGCUAAAGUAUUCAAACUCCAGGAAGAGAUGACAGAUCAUUUUUCCAGUUCGCCUACUUUGGCCUUAUAUUUUAAAUUCACUUUGAAGCCUCACUGUAGUGAAUAACCCUGUUGGAGUUUGAUGAAUUUCUGAAGCUAAGAUUCUGCAUCAGGCUCUGGUAAAAUGACAGGCUUUCAAUCACAGAGUGAGACUCAUAAAUAUUCUACAAGGAUCAAUAUUUUGGCCCUUCCUGCUGGUUUCUUUUCUUCUUCCUAACCCCUUUUUUUUUUUUUUUCUUUCUGUUUUAGUAAAGCAGCGUUCAUAGCCCUAUUUAUUUUCUUGUAACUUAGUUUUUUUUCUCGCGGGCGCAAAAUAAAUACAUGACAAUAGCUUGGCAACAAAUUCUUACAUUUUUGUGUACAGAAUUCUGCAAUCAGUUCUAACAGAAUUCUUUUUACACUCAUACAGUACAUAUGAGUCGUUGUUUAAAGUUGCUUUUAUAAAUAUGCUCCUUUUCCAAUCAAUAUAGACCCUCAUUAGGAUCACAGAUCACUGAUUUUAGAUAACCACCCUUUAAUUUUAAUUAAGUUUUGAAGUGACCUUUUUCUGAGAUUGUGUUUCAGUUGUUAUUUCUCUCCAUUGCUUUUGCGAUGUUGAAUGGCUAUAUUAUAUCUUGCAAAGCAAUUGAAAUAAAGUGAUGAAGCUAUAUUUCACUACAUAUUCUGAGGGUGUACUACCUAUUUUUUUUUUCAUUUCCACAUGUUCAUUUAAGUUUCCAAGUUCAGUUAUAAGAACCUACAGAGUAGUGUUUCCCAGCCUUCAGAUUCAAGGCACAUGCUCAAGGUUUUGUCAGUAUCCCCAUAGGAACAGAACUGCCAAAUGCCUAAAUCCUUGAUUGACAAAAGCCAGCGUGCGUACACAGGCCUCCCAACACUCCUAAUUUUGGCUGGGCAGUCCUUUCCCCACUCUCUUUUCUGACGAAUGACAUUGAGACUUAUUGUUGAGAGAGCCAAUCAGGUGUUGGCAUGGAAUCAAUAAGGUGUUGGUAUGGAUGAACUCUCAUUAACAUGUAUCAGAUCUAACCCUUGUGACGGACCACCUGGCACCCUGACUGGGUGCCUCCGCCAAUCGCGGCUUCCUAGUAAUUGCGAGCACCAUAAGCACCGCACUGGAACACCAUAACCACCAUAAACCCCACAGCAGCUGCAGCUUGGCUGGGGUCUUGCUGUCCUCGACCCAAGUCAGGCAUCCAGCUUCCAGUGGGUAGACCUCUCCUACUCCAGAGAGUAUAGCAGGAACAGCUCUUAUAAGAGCUAUUGUUGUAAUCCAAGGGAGUAUAGUGAUAUAGCAAUCCCCAGAGUGAAUAUAUCUGUCCCCUCCACACAUUAGCCGAGGCUCUAUUUGAGGAUGAAGAAGAACUGUUUAAUGGCAGCCACAACUGGCCUUAUAUGCAAGUCCCCAUGCAAGGGGUUUCCCAUGACAUAUUCCAGGGGCAUUCCCCACUGGACCUGAGAGGGGCUAUGACAAAGUACACACUGCAAUUACAUUGGCUCUCAGGUCCAGGACACUCCCACGCAAAACAGGGUAAGCCCUUCACUGUGCCUGAGAGAUAAUUGAGUUAGGCACUGUACUAAACUCAAUUAUCUCCAGGCACAGAAAACAUACAUUUUACAAUAACCUGAAAGUAAGCCCAAAACACAAGGAAACCCCACAAAAGUCAUAUCCCCGAUAGCCCCGAUCUGGGGGACGAACAUAGAAACAUAGAAUGUGACGGCAGAUAAGAACCAUUCGGCCCAUCUAGUCUGCCCAUAUUCAAAAAUCACCCAGAUCGGUUCAGGGGUUUGGGGUUUUCAUGGAAGUCCUCAUUUUGACCAACCGUGGACAUAAACCUAUGCCCAAAACAGUUCCAUGCCCAAAACAGUUCCAUGAAAUCAGUGCUAACGGUUGGUCAAGUUCGGUAGUCUUUUACAGGUUUCCCUGCAGGGCUCAUAGUCUUUGGGCAGGAGGCUAGAAAGCCGGCUCCUCCAGGAGCUCGUGGCAAACUCACGUGGGAAGGGGAGUUUGUCACAAUCCUUUACUCACAUUGGCAGUGGGGGGGUGAGGCAGAGGGAGCUCUAGUGCCAGGAAUACAGCGUUUAUCCAUUUUAAUAAAAUUACAAAUAGGGAAAAGAAUACAGUGGUCUCAUAGAGAACAAUGUAAAAUAAUAACAUUGCAAUAGGAAGGAUACACUUAUGAGUAAAUCAUAGGAAACGUAGAUGGACAUACACUAUAUGGACAAAAGUAUUGGACACCUGACCAUUACACCAACAGGUACUUUAAUGACUUUCUAAAUACAUUCUAAAUACAUAGACAUUAAUAUGUAGUUGUUCCACCCUUUGCAGCUAAAACCGAUUCCACUCUUCUGGGACUGCUUUCCACAAAAUUCAGGAAGGUUUCAGUUGAAAUACUUUCCCAUUCAUCCAGUAGAGCAUUUGUGAGGUAAGGCACUGAUGUUGGACAAGAAGGCAUGACAGGUAGUCUCCUUUUCAGUCCCAAAGGCGUUCAAUGGGGUUGAUGUCAGGGCUAUUUUAAAUUCUAGUACUCCAAGGAAAAAAACAUUUCUAUCCUCCAAAUAAAGAAGAAGUAUAUUACACAGACAAAGCACCCCUACCCCCACAACUCACACACACACAGCACCCCUACCCCUUACCCCCACAACACAGACACAGCACCCCUACCCCCACAACACAGACACAGCACCCCUACCCCCACAACACAGACACAGCACCCCUACCCCCACAACACAGACACAGCACCCCUACCCCCACAACACAUACACAGCACCCCUACCCCCACAACACACACAGAGCACCCGUACCCCACAACACACACACAGCACCUCUACCCCCACAGAGCACAGCACCCCUACCCCACACACAGCACAGCACCCCUACCUCUGCACACACAGCACCCCACACACACAGCACCCCACACACAAACAUGUACACUGCACCCCACAAUGCAGUAUGUGUGUGUAUUCAGCAGUCUGUGUGUGUGUGUUCAGCAGUCUCUGUGUGUGUAUAUAUUCAGCAGUCUGUGUGUACUCAGCAGUGUGUGUAUUCAUUGGACUGUGUACUCAGCAGUCUGUGUAUGUGUAUUCAGCAGACUUUGUGUGUAUGUAUUCAGCAGUGUGUGUAUGUAUUCAGCAGUGUGUGUGUGUAUGUUCAGCAGUCUGUCUGUGUGUGUGUGUCCAGCAGUGUGUAUUCAGUGGACUGUGUGUUUGUAUUCAGCAGUCUGUGUGUAUGUAUUCAGCAGUCUGUGUGUAUGUAUUUAGCAGUCUGUGUGUGUGUGUGUGUGUGCAGCAGACUGUGUGUGUGUGUGUGUGUAUUUAGCAGUCUGUGUUUGUGUGUGUGUAUUCAGCAGUCUGUGUGUAUGUAUUCAGCAGUCUGUGUGUGUGUGCAUGUGUUGCAUUUGUUGGAGAUACUAAUACAUAUAAGCUUACUUUUAUCUAUUUAUAUCAUUAUUUAAAAUCUGUAUCAUUGAACCCUGUUGUGUUUUUCUUUUAAAACAAAAGUUGUUAAUUAGUUCGGACAACCGUACGAGUUGUUUUUUCUAUACUUAAACCUCAGUAUUCAGGUUUAAUUGCCGUGCUGGCACUUUGAGGAAAAAAAAGUUGGCAUGUAUGGCGGUUUGGGCACUCGGGCUCAAAAAGGUUCGCCAUCACUGUCCUAUAGAGUCUAUAUCUAUGCAGGCUGGAUUUUUAGUUGUAUCUACUCUUCAUGGGAAUAGUUUAUAAAUGUUCCACCUAGUAACUGUAUCCAAGUGUGGUACAAAUCAGUUACAAUUGAGAUACAGUGUAUAUCAGCCCCUGACAAGAGAUUGUACAUUGUGGUGAGGAGGGUAGAGUUAAUAAUCUCUCUCACACUAAACUAAUCUACAACUGCAAAUAUACACGUAUAUACUAUUUUUUUUCUUAAAGAUUUAACUAGAUCUUAUCUAUAUAUCAUAUUAGGAGCUGUUCUGUAAUUUAUUGUUAAAGGACCACUCUAGGCACCCAGACCACUUCAGCUUAAUGAAGUGGACUGGGUGCCAGGUCCCUCUAGGAUUAACCCUUUUUUUUAUAAACAUAGCAGUUUCAGAGAACUAUUUUUCACUAUUAUCACAGUCGUUAUUUUCGACCCAAUAGGGCGCUCUAGCAGUAGGAAUACACAUAAUGUUCCUUUAAGUGCAGAGGGCUCUCUAGUAUAAAAGAAAGUGCUCAUUCUUGCACCUUUUCCUCUAUUCUAUGAACAGGGUGUAAAGGGUUCAUAGGAAAUGUUUUUUUUGUUUUUUUUAAUUAAUGAAUUAAUUCAAUCCUCAUUUGGUAAUUAUUGCGCUCCCCCUUUAAUACAGUGUACUCCCGGAACAAUGUGUCUCAGAUCUCCUUAGUACAUCGCCUAGAUGGCAGUAUGGGUUCCAACCAUCUGAGGACUGUGCCUUUUGGAUAUACAGUCUUCUGCCAGUGUGUACGCCUACCCCAAUAAGCACAGUGCCAGGAAGGUGCCCAGUGCUCCAUGAGUACAAUGUUAUUGUGGUGCCCAGUAUCCUUGGCACUGAUUUCUCUAAGCCCACAAAGUACGGUUCUUCUAGCAUCAGUGAUCCUUAAAAGGAUUCUAUAGUGCCAGGAAAACAAAGCCAUUUUCCUUGCACUAUACGUCCUUACAGUGGCCCCCUCCAAUGCUUCCUUGAAGGCCCGAACACCCAUUUAAGGUUCAUAUCACCCAAUGAUGGAAGGUAUGUAUCAGGGAUAUAUAUUCACUAGAUAUUGUUAUCAGGAAAUUUGACAUUUCAGUCCAAAAAUAGGACAGAAAAAUACUACUGAUCAGACAUUCCCUAUAAAUUAUAAUUAUAGUGUAUUCAGAAAGUAGACCUCUUCAAAAAUCUGUUAUUUUGCUUUUUCAUUAUGGGGUAGAUUGAUGUGGGGAAAAAAAAAUGUAAACAAUUGUAGUAUCAUUAAAGGGACACUAUAGGCACCCAGACCACUUCAGCUCAGUGUCCAAGUCCCACUUAGUCCUGCAAUGUAAAUUAUUGCAGUUUUAGAUAAACUGAAAUAAUUACAUUGCAGGACUAAGACUGCCUCUGGUUGACAGCCACUACAGACACGUGUCACCCAAAUGAUGCUGGACGUCCUCACACUCUGCAUGAGUACAUCCGGCGUCAGUGAAAUCGCAAUAGAAAAGCAUUAAAGGACCACUCUAGGCGCCCAGACCACUUCAGCUUAAUGAAGUGGUCUGGUUGCCAGGUCCAGCUUGGUUUAACCCAUUUUUUCAUAAAUAUAGCAGUUUCAGAGAAACUGCUAUGUUUAUGAAUGGGUUAAGCCUUCCCCCAAUUCCUCUAGCGGCUGUCUCAUUGACAGCCACUAGAGGCGCUUGCGUGCUUCUCACUGUGAUUUUCACAGUGAGAGCACGCCAGCGUCCAUAGGAAAGCAUUAUGAAUGCUUUCCUAUGUGACCGGCUGAAUGCGCGCGCAGCUCUUGCCGCGCGUGCGCAUUCAGCCCAGGAGGUGGAACGGAGGAGGAUAGGAGGAGGAGAGCUCCCCACCCAGAGCUGGAAAAAGGUAAGUUUAAACCCCUUUCCCCCUUCCAGAGCCGGGCGGGAGGGGGACCAUGAGGGUGGGGGCACCCUCAGGGCACUAUAGUGCCAGGAAAACGAGUAUGUUUUCCUGGCACUAUAGUGGUCCUUUAAGACAAUGCUUUCCCUUGGGGAGGGCCUUCUGUGCUCGUAGUGCAUGAGCAUUUGCCCCCUGUCGGUGGAGUCUGGAAUCGUGUAAGUGACCCAAGCUUUUUUUUAACCCUUAACAUGCCGGGGAGGGGAGAGGAAACAGGAACACAUCUGUAUUCCUAUAGCGCCCUCUAACACUAUAGAAUCCCUUUAAACAGCAACAUUGAAAAGUUUGAAAACAAAAUAAAUGUACCGGAAUACUUUCUGUAUAUAUUACUUUACUUACUUUACUACAUAUUACUUUGUAUGCAUACCUGGGAAACUCCGUGCCCCAAUGUUUCCCCCUUUACCCUUUCCUAGAGUAGAGGGCAAAUGAGCCACAGAAAAUAUGGCUGCAAAGUGGAUAGGCUACCUCUAUAAUGGGUAUAACUAGUUGGGAAAUUAGGAAAGGUAAGCUCCAUUCCCGCAGCCUAGAGAUGAGCGGUUUAACCAGAGUUCUAAUGAAAAGGUGCCAGACCCAGAUCCUCCAGGAAAAAUUUGGGAGUUUCUCCAAAAGGUGUGCAUGCACAAAUCUGAAUGAUAUUCUGUUCGUUUAGACAGAAUAGUAAAAUCUGCAAAAAGGAAAAAUAAAUCUUAGUCUAUUAAAAGAUUGACCAAAACCGUAUGAUUUCUUUCAAAACUGUAAUAAAAUAUUCUAAGUCGUGACUCUGAUAAUUGCAUGAGUGGUUUUUAUAAUUAUUUUAUGAUGGUUAACAGUUCUUCUGUAGCAAUUUUGUAUUCAUUGCUGUGUAAAUUAUAUACUUACUUUUUUUUACAUUUUGUAUUUUUUUUGUAGAUAGAGAUACAGAAAAAAUGGCUUUGGCAGUCUGUCGGAUAAGCAGAUGUCCACUUUUAAAUCUUAGUAAUUAUGUCAGUUUUUCCAACACUAUAAGAGACUCGGCAGCAAUAGCCCAAACAAUACUAAAGAGAAAGGAAACGGCUCAAGUGAGGCACUUUGUCAGUCAAUUUAACAUCAUUGAUACAACACGGAGCUGCAUUUCACUUUCUGGAAAAAGGUUUGCCCAGUUCAGCACUCAGAUUGAAACCCCAGUAUGUCAUCCAGAUAGUAAUCUGCCUUCUGCCAGCCUACAUUUAAAGCAGGAGAAUGCUGUUCUACCAAUUAUACAGACGGAAGCACUGCCAGAAGGUAUAAAAGCUGUCAUUACAGACUUAUCAAUCAUGCUUUUAAAAAAAUAUUAUUAUAUAGAUAAUUUGUUUAAAAUAUAUAUGCAAUAACAAAAAAAUUUAAUACGAUGAAGAAAUAUGCUAACAUUUAAAGCCAGGUUUUGUAGCUUCUAUAGCAAACUUGUCAAGACUAGUAAGUUGGCCAGCUAAUAGUGACGCACCUUUAACGCUUUGCAGCGCUUUAGAACCUUUUUUAUUUUAGGAAUUGUAGUUCCAUUGCCAGCAUUAAGGUAGACAUCUACGGCUGAACUACAACGUCAAGAAAUCUAAUAGAGUUAUCUCCUAAAUGAGACCUCCAAUUAAAUUUUAAAUCUAAAGGACCGCUAAAGUCAUCCAUACCACUUCAUCUCAAAGAAGUAGUGUAGGUGCAGUGGCUUUGUCAUUUUCACCCUGCAAUAUAAACCAUUGUAAAAUGUGUACAUUGUAGUGUUAAACACACCUCUAGUGACUGCCUUCCAGACAGCCUCUACUUGGCACGUGAUGUGGCAGCUCACAGGAAAACAUUAAAACGCACUCGCUGUGCAUCCACAUCAUGUCCGUAGUGCUCCUUUAUGAUGAGCAUUGGAUUGGACCAUUGUCCAAAGAGGUCAUGCCUCCGCAUUGAUGUGAGCAGUGCAAGGGAGUUUUAAAUCUAUUUUUAGUGCAAAUGUGGUGGUGGGGGGAGAGGUUGUAUUGCAAAUGCUACAGUGCUCCUCUAAGGUUAUAGUAACCGAUGCCUUCCGUUUGGCUACUUUGCCCUGAAAUGUGAUAAUCACUUGAAAUUCUGUUUAAAUUUUCACUUUAGUAAAUAAUCCUGUAAGCCUAAACAUAUAGCUGUGUCAUUGACGCAAAAAGGGAAAUGUUUUGGGUUUAGAGAGAGGGGAAGAGUGAGCUUAUCAAGCAAAACAAAUUAUUUUUGUUUAAAUACUAAAAAUACUAAAGAAGGUUAUUAAAAUGAAUAUAGCACAAAUAACUGUAAAGUAACAUAUUUCAUCUAACGUGGGCUUCUGGAGUGUCCUUUUAAGGAGACAUUGCAGAAAAAGGGAGCAGUUGAUGGCUUCUAAAUUGAGUUCCGCUCAGAAGUUAAUUUAGAGACACUGCUCUCCAAAUUCCUCUUCACAGACAGAGGUCCAUGAGAUAACAGAACUCCUAGCCCUUUUAUUGGACCUUUUAUGGGAUUAGCACCCUUCCUUUACAGACAGAGUAGGUGGCUAAAUUGCAUAAAAAAAACUAAUUUUAGGAUUUUAUGUAAAAUAACCAUCUACCAAGUUCCACCCUCAGACAGUUUUAUAGGCAAUUGGAAGACAUCGGUAAACAUGCAUAGUUCGCGAAUGAGCAUCAAGAAUUGAUGUAUAAUAAUUUUUUAUGAUCUGUACUGAAACAAAACAGUGCAGGUCCACUGCAGCUGUAGUGGAGCCUAGGGAGGACUACACUUUUGGUGUAUGAGAGUAGAACAUUAUCAGCUCCUCUUUCACCAAAUUUUUAUGCUACUCAUUUUAAAUCGCAUAAAGCUCUGUCACACCUGGAAAUUCUCCAGUUAUUCGCGAACAGUGCUUAAAUCACAUUGUUGCAAUGAUCGGCUGCACACAAACCACAAUUUCAGAUAGUUUGUAGCAAAAGGUUUAACAUGCUAUAUAGGCUUUAACCCCUUAAGGACACAUGACAUGUGUGACAUGUCAUGAUUCCCUUUUAUUCCAGAAGUUUGGUCCUUAAGGGGUUAAAAACAAAGGAUAAGCAAGCUCUUUCAAGGGGGCUUUGCAUUAAACCUUACACAAGGUCUUGUUUUGUUUCAGGAUUGCAAGUGGUUUAUCCAAGAGUAUGCCUCUAUUAUUUGAACCAUACCUUCCAUAAUCCUCAAAUAUCCCUGACAAUUAUAAGAAUUGCAGGUUGUGAACAGCCGUAGAUCUGCAGACUCACUAACAGUGCCUUGAAUAAAAAUGGGAAUACGAUGUUUGCAGUGUGUAUGUAUGAAAUCUCGGUUCUCCUUUUAAUAUGUCCAUGUACAUGCAUAUAUGGCCACAGUUUCUCUUUAAUUGCACUGAUAUCUCCCAUUCAUUGUAUUAUGUAAAUGAGAUAACAAGUCCCUUGAUAUGCUUUCUGGGAGAUGUAAUAGACUAGAUGGAUGGAGUUAUGUUGAAUACACAAACAGAAAUCCAGCCGAUAUAGCACCCAACGAAACUCAUAUAAGCAAGUGCCGUGGCACAAAAUGCAUUUAGUGUUUUUCCUGUUUUUGUACAUUUGGAUGUGUGAUCUAUUGUGUGCCAUAUAUUUUUCUUGAAUAUUACAUUCUUCUAAUAUCUGAAUUCUCUUGCCACAUUCUAUGGAGUGUUUUGUUUGUUUGUUUAUUUUUCUACUUUCCACCCCUGUUUUUUGUUGGAUGGUAUACUGACGGGAUUUAUAAUUGUAUAGCUGCAGUGGAGAAGCAACCUUUGUGGAGGAGAUUGGAGUUAUAUUUAUUCAGCAUUUAAUAGAGUGUAUCUGCUUUCCUGAUUUAUUUAUUUUUUUUAUUUAAACUUAUGGUGAAUUUUUCUCUUAACAUACAGUAUGUAUCUUGGAUCAUGAAAAAUAACUUUGAUUGAUUUGUUGCAGGAUGCAAUGAGGUUGCUUGGUUUGUACUUAAAAACAUGUAAAAUUAGUGAAACUAAUACCAAACCAUUAUUUUUUCAUUUACUUUUAAAUGCUCAAGAUUUGGAGGGUGCGCCUCCCUUGUCCCCUUUGGAAGAGAUUACCGAAAAUGAAGCUGCUCAGAUCGAAAUAGAUAUUCCAAUUCCUCCAGAGUCAUUCUCACUUCGAGACUAUGUGGAUCGUUCAGAGACCUUGCAGAAACUUGUUUUGCUUGGUAGGUGAUGUGUGUUGGUGAACACUUUUUAUAUGUAUGCAUACAUCUUUGAUACAGUUCUUAGUCUGUUUUUCUUUUUCUAGGUAGACACUUGGGGAACUUAAUCUAUUACCAGUAAGGCAGUGCAUUUUGUAUUAUGAAUUAUUUUCUCUGACACAUUUCCACAAGAUGUGAUGGAAAUGUAUAAAAAAAACUUCAAAGUCACAGUGAGCAAAUACAGACCUGUGGUGGGGAAAUAAUCUGCAGGGAUAUUAAAGGAAUUCUCCAUUGGAAAAAAAAUUAUAUUUUUUAAAAGCAAUUUAGUAGAUAUAACUACCAAAAAACAUUAAUGUAUUAUUUUUUUCUGCAGCCCUGCCCUCUUUCCCUGACAUAGACUUUCAGUCUGCGCCAGGGAAUACUCUAAUUUAAUCAAAUAUUUCUCAUUGAAAAGUGAUUGAGCCGUGAGAGUGCGCAUGCACAUGCAAUCAUGGCUUUCCUUUGCUUUUUGAUGAACUGUGUUUACAAGCGAGGAAGCCUGAAUGACAGCCAUCGUUGUGUUUCUGUCCCAAUUUUAAAAGUGCAGAUUUUUAUUAAAAUUGGCACUUUUAUAAACUGUUUAAAAACAUAAAAAAUGCAUUAAAACAUAAAAAAGCGGUUUAAGACUAAAUGGAAGGAUGGUUCCAGGGAACUCCAGACACACUCUCCACAUCAAUAAGAUGAAGCUGUUAUAGUGCCUACUGUCCUUUUAAGCUGUAUAUUGUACAAUAUGCAACCAAGAUCCUUUAUGGGAAUUGCAUACACAUUGGCUGCUGGUGAAGUUCAUGUUGCAGUAAAGUUUAUUAAUAGUUUAGUGCAUUCUAUAUGAUUGUGGUAAAAGAAAUAUGUAUUGCCCGUUGUGGUGAAGCCCAAAAUCUUAUUCCAUUUACAAAUUAUUUCUAUAAAACUAUAUUCGUAUUAUAUUACUAUAAACCAUUUUCAAAGCUGUGCUAGAAACGUGGCCCUAAAAUAGUAUAUUAGAACAGUGGCCCUUAAAUCUCAGGUUCUCAAUGUAACAUUUUUUAUAGAUAAAACAUUUUUAACUGGAUGCCAUACAGUCCUUCUGUAUUGGGCAGUGGUGUAUUGCGUUAUCACAAAUGUUAUGCAAAGCAGAGAACUUUUCAUUACAGUCUAAAAUCUUAAACUGUUUCAGUAUUCUGACCCCAGAGGGACAGCUCUGCAUUUAAUCCAUUUUAUUUUCUAUCAGAAUGUUCCCCCUUUUUUUUUUUUUUUUGUAGCAAAGCUCUACAAAAUGUCUGUCUGUUUCUGUCGGUCGCACUAAUGGUGACAAUGCAGGUUUUACAUUUGCUGUUCUUUCUCUUACCUCCUGAACUAUAUUCAUCGCAUUUUCAAUGAGAAAUUCACACUGAAGUAAUAGGCUUAUUAUAUCGUUCUUACAGGCUUUCAUAGAACAGUUUAGAAAGGGGUAUUGUUUCCUUUGGCAAAGUAAAGUCUAAAAGUAUUGAACAAUACCGCCCAUUAUGGCAAAUUUGCUAGGUUUGUUUCUGAGUUAGUGAACUUUUAUGGUGUAAUAUAAACUAAAUAUACUUUGUGAAACCAUAGACCAGUGAUGGCCAAUGUAUGAAGCAUGACACAACUGGCAUGAUGGCUGAUGCCUCUGCUGUGUCACAAGGUGCCUCUUUCUCACACAUUGUUUGGUAUAGUUUACACCAGGGGUAGGCAACCUGCAGCAUAAGUGCCGUACACGGCACUCAAGGUGUCUUUGCAUGGCACUCAAGGCUGCUAGAGCCAAAAAGGCUCUGGCCUAUCAGGAGUCCCAGUGAAACUUCAGAUAUCUGCUAAUACGAAAAGGUGGUGAAGGACAAUCCUCAAUUUAUGCAUUGCAGCACAUAGAGGAAGUGAUCUCAGAUCACUUCCUCCCAGCACUUGUGAAUGGGAAUCCACACUGUAGUAGAGCAGCCUGCAGCUGCUGUUACUGCUCCUGUCCUUGACCUGUACCUGGCCAGCCUGGUCCCCACUGGAACCCAGGGAAGUCACCCACACUGCUAGAUAUACACAGAAAUGCAGAAUAACCCUCCCCUCAUACAAAUAAUACGAACAGCCUACACACAAACAUAUACACAAUCCGCACAAACAUAACCCGCUAACAAUACACGCACACAACCCCACAUGCAGCGUCUCACAUGCAAUACCCCAAACAGCACUCCCAAACACACGUGACAUAUCCAUCCACACACAUUUCCACAAGCAGCCCUCAUACACAGCCCACAUUUAUAUGUAUCAUACAUGAUACCAUAAACUACUAAUGAACAUAUUCAAUCUAAUCGCUCAUAUACACACAAAUACAAUGAUACAAAGCAAUUACAGUAUAAAUAACACAAGCAGAAUACGGCAACAUACACACGUCAAUUUAAAAAAAAAAAAUAGGAUCGGCACGCUAUGGGACAUCACAAUCCUAUAUCGGCACAGUGCUGCUAAAAGGUUGCCUACCCCUGGUUUACACUAUGGUUAUUGAACAUCAGUGUUCCAACCAUUUAUCACCUAAGUCCAUCUACUCACUGAGCACCUGCAUCUUUCUAUUUCGGUCUGGCUGUGUUGUUUUAUAUAACUGCCGCUGCAAUUCUUCCGGUUUGCCUCUACACCACCUCUUGGACCACCCUAUGUCCAAACUCUUGGUGCAUCUCAAGCUGUCGGAUUAAUGAACCACCGCCUAUCUAUCCUCUGUCGCAUAAGAUCACUUAUGAUAAGUGCUGGUUUUCCAUUGGGUAAUAUGAGCAUUUCACAUGUCAUAGUGAUAGCUAACCUUGGCAAAACUGAUACUUUUGAACAACAUUUUCCUAAAAGCCUGACUAAGAAUCAUGACAUCCUGUUACUACAGAAACCGUGGUUUUCAGAAAAUAUUAUAGUAAUUUACACCCACCAACACUCCACUGGCCUAUGGUAAGUACCAGCCAGUGUCCACAAGAUCUAUAUUUCCUGAGGUGAAUACUGUGUCCCCCAUAAACCCUUGCUGAACGUUGAACUUGAUGUUUUCCAACCCAUAUUAUUGUUGCAUAGCAUGUGUUAAAGGGGAAAAAGGUUGAGGAAAAAAAUUAAAUUGCCAGUGCGUAUACAAAAGGGAACACGUGAAGCAUGGGGAGACUGAAGAGGAGAAUAAGUGAGGGAACGGGGAAUAAGAAGAGGUGAGCAAUUAGAGAGAGAGAGGGUUGUAAGCAGAGGGCAUAAGAAAAGGGGGUGAGAAACACGUGAUGGAGCAAUAAAUGGAUAGAGGGGAGAUAGAGAGAUUAAAAAGGAAAGAUGGGAAUUGAAAGCACCUAUACAUACACACUAAACACCCACACAUAAUGUGUCUCUAACUCUUUUUUUAUAUCAGAACAUUGACAUUGUGAUUGCUUUGAUAUUGUCAACCAUUAAUGUGCUGAUAGUUAUCAAACAGACAUCACAUUUAAAAAAAUAAAUAAAAAAUUAGAUUAACUUUUCAAAUGAUCACAAUCUGAAAAAAUGGCCAUAGACUUUAAUGUUGACUUCUUUAGAUAAAUCAUUUGUAACAUUUGUCUAACUGAUUGCCAUAGUAUGAAAAGCUUAUCCAACAAAAUUAUAUGUAAGAUCUUUUUUAAAAUUUGAAGCUAACUUGGCAUGAUUAAAAUAUUUAUAUCCUAAAUUCUUCUUAUAAUUAUUUGUUUUUAGAACUAUUCCCACUCCUCCCUCCCCCCCACCCACCCCCAAUUUUCAGCUUGUCCUGCUUUCUCCAUUUAGCACUGCUUUUUUAAUAAGCGUUUAUUUUUAUCAGAUCAUUAAUAUGAAUGUGGGGUUUCCGAACCAGCGAGACCCGUUCACCCUUUGAGAUCAAUUUAACAAUCCAUAAAUUCACUGCAUUGCAUUUUUAAUAGAAAUUUAAUUGAACAGGCCUGUUUAAUUCUGCAAUGGAAAUGUGCUGCUCAUCUAUAAAAAUUAAAUACCACUGAACCCAAUUAGAGCACAGCUGUUAAUCAUUAUUUGACUUGUACAUCUAUAAUGCUUCACAAAAGUCAGUCUAUGCAUUGAAAAACAUGUCAUCUGGUGCUAUUUUUCAAAUCUGUGAUUCUGUCAAAGGGCUGUGAUGGAGAUGACACAAUUGCCAUUACAAUGACACACAGGCUUCAAAGAUGGCACUCCAAGGCAGCCAUCAAUCUUGGUGUCUGGAGUAAUUGUACACUCGAGUGUGUGAUGUACCCUAGCUAUCAUUGAAAACAGUGCACAGUAUGCAUUAAGAAUAAAUAUGGUAUAGCCUGUGUGUCAACUUUGACCACUAUGAGUUCAAGAUAGAAAACAUUAUCAGUGAGGACUUUUAACGGCAUCAUUGGUGCCAUGCCCAGCUUUUAUGGAAUUUUGUCUUUCCUCCUGACAAUCUACCCUGAAAGACAGCUAUAGAGGGUAAUCCAGGGGUUACCAAUUAAUUUUUCCUGUGGAACCCUUUGACAUAUGGUAUAAUCAUUGUGGAACAUCACCCAAAAAAAACAAUUUUGUGCCGUUGCAUAAACCUUUUUUUGUAUGUGCUGAAAUGUGUCUGUGUAUCAAGGUGUGUGUAUCUGUGUUUGUAUGUGCCAGUGUGUGUAUCUGUGUGUGUAUGUAUCUGACACACAGAUACACACACACACACACUGGCACAUAGUGGCACACAGAUACACACACAUUAACACACAGUGUGUAUCUAUGUAUGUAACUGUGUGUCAAGGUGUGUGUAUCUGUGUUUGUAUGAGCCGGCGUGUAUGUGUGUUUGUAUGUGCCAGUGUGUGUAUCGGUGUGUGUAUGUAUCUGACACACAGAUACACACACCUUGACACACAGUGUUUAUCUGUGUGUCAAGGUGUGUUUGUAUGUGCCGGUGUGUGUUAAGGUGUGUCUAUCUGUGUUUGUAUGUGCCAGUCUGUGUGUGUGUGUGUGUGUGUGUGUGUGUAUAUGCAUCUGAGACACAGAUACACACACACAAACACCUUGGCACAUAGUGGCAUACAGAUACACACAUUGACACAGAUACACUGACAUACACACACAUAUGUUUAACUUACCUUUUUUCUUCCUUCAGUGCUGCAGGCAGCUGGCUGAGGAUGGUGUGCCAGGUUGGCAGCUGCUCACUCCCUGCUGCGCUCCCUCUCCAUCCAGCCAGUGCGCUCUGUCUGGGAGGAAGUGCUGUCACUUCCUCCCAGAAUCCCAUACAACAAGGGUCCAGUCGCGGUCUUAGACGCCCACGGCGCCUGACCAGACCACUGUUUAGUGAUACCCAUCCGGUGGCCCUAAAUGCUUGGGCCACCAGACAGGCAAAUCACCACAGAACCCAAUUAUUUUCUUGCGGAACACUAGUUGGGAAACGCUGGGGUAAUCCAUACAUUGAAUACUGAAGAAGAAUUUUUUUUAGUGCCCUAAAAUGAUUAUUGUUCUGCUGGAUUUAGGAUGGUUGUCAGUGAUACAGUUGAGACAUUAUUAAAAAUUUAUAUGGAGGAGACCAGAAGUGUGUAUAUGUCUGAGAUGCAGGUGUGUUAAUUGAGGAGCAGGAAAGAAAAAGGAUCUGAAAUGGAAAAUAAGGUGAGUGAAAAUGGGGUCGGGGCACCUUUUAAAAAAACUUUGGAGUAUUGCAGCUAGCUUUGCAUUUUACAUGAAUAAGUUCAAGAUAAGCUAAUUUUAGGUAUGUUUGUUGUUGUUGUUGUUUUUGAAAAUAAAUAUAUUUUUUAUCUCUGCAGGUGUUGAUUUAUCCAAAAUUGAAAGGCGCCCCAAUGUGGCAAAUUUUCUGUUGAGAUUAGAUUUUGAAAAAGAUGUGAGCAAAGUCCUCUUUUUCUUGAAGGAUGUUGGCUUAGAAGACAAUCAGCUUGGUCAAUUUUUAACAAAGAAUCCUUUCAUUCUCAGCGAAGAUCUGGACAAUCUUCAAAAGAGGUAUUGUGCAGUUAAAACUCUAAUCUGGGGGUAGUUAUAUAAUAAUAAUAGGUCACUAUCUGUUUGCUAACUCUCAUGAUUUUAAUAAAGCCAGAAACUUAAUAUGGCUAUGUAAUGGUCUUUUUAUGGAUUCUUAUUUUGUGCAUUCUCGUCUUUUAUACUUCCACCUAUUAAAAUGACACUCCAGAGGCCAGAACUACUUCACCUGUCAUGGUGCCAGAACAAUGUCCCUAAGCUGAAGUGGUUAUGGUGUCUACCGUGUCCUUUUAAUAAUAAUGAUUAAGGAUAAUGAUUAAGUAAAUAUACCAAACCUGCGUUUUAAUUAUUUGUUUCAAGAAUUCAUAUAACUAAAGUAAACACACUCCAAUGUUCAUCAAACAGAGUAUAUGUUUGAUGUUUCAUUUAUGCUCCUUUAAGUGUUCUUAUGACAUGAAUAGCUGAAUUCAGAGAAUGUGGAUAACCUAUAAAGGUUUUAUGUGCUUCAGAAGAUGUUGGUCAACAACCACUUAUAUAUUGGCAUCUUGGGGUAGAGGAGAAAUAUAUAUGUAGUAUUUGUUUUAAAUGGCUUAUACAGAAAGCAAAGUAGUCUCUCCCUGCAGAGGCAUAUCAGGGUAUGUAGUGCAUCCACACAUGGAAUACCUAUGGUAUUCACUUAUAUAUAGGACUUCUUUAUAUUCUUAGUCCAACGUUCGCUACUUUUUCUUCAUGCGGACUACACAUCUUAUAAGCUUUCAUUUCACAAUCAUUGUAUGUUUUCAAUGGACAAUGCGGCCUUUUUUUCACCACCAUGUGAGAUGCUUAAUUUCUGCUAUUCAUGCUUGUUUAGCCAGCCACCGCAAAUUUGUGGCUGCACCAUAGCAGUUAAUGCAUUUCUGCCCAAAUUUGAUAUUAAAUAUAAAAUACUGCGUUGUAUGAGGUGUGUGUCUAGAUGUGGUUAAGGAAAUAUAUAUUAUUUUUUUUAAUUCCGAAAGUAUUACAAAAAACUGAACCGUGAGAACGUGGUUGGAUCUUUCAGUAUCUGUUCUUUUCCUAAAUGGACAUUUUUUUUUUUUUUUGGUUUUCUAACUUCUAUGCAAAAGAGAUUCUCUACACUGUAGAAACUGCUUUGAUUUCCAAAUAUCCGUAACAAUGUAAACUAUAUGGGUUAGCUCUUAUAAUGCCUGUCAUGCAAUGAUUCUCUAUUAAAAUAAGAAAGCAGACAUGGAGCUGUAAAGAAUUGAGAUAUACUGCCUUGUGAGUCACUUGAAAAUUAACAGACCUUCCGCAAUGGAAACUUCAAUUUAAAAUUCUAGAAUCCGUUUAUCAGUUAACCUUGACAUUCAAGGCUAGCUGAAUUCCAUUUUCCUCCUAUCACUAAAGUCUGAUUUUUGCCUUUUGUGUCAUGAAGCAGUUAUUGCUUUACCAAUAACCCCUUCUAAUCUGACAUAUAGUUCCAUUAUAGCUUUAUUCUUUUUUAUUUAAUCGUGGCCCCAGUCUAAAGAAAUCCCAUAUCCCUAACUUCCCAGGUAUUAUCUGUUAUAUAUCUUUAAUUUAAGUCUACUUGAUUGCUCGCAAGUCUAAUUAAACACUUGGAACAGGGAAUGGCAAAUAAAUGUAAAGCUUGUCAAACAUCCAAUAUAAUAUAAUAGCUUAAAAAGGCAGUCCUAACUUGAACAAGCAUACAACAAAUGGCUACUGCUGGGAUCAUUGGUACAAUGUAGUAAUACAACACACUGCAGGAGAACCAGGCAUACACUGUACAUUUGAAAAAUAUUAACUUUUUAUUUUUAUUUUAAAGCACAACCCACAGCUAAAUUGUAUGUAUGGGUUAUGCAAAAAUCAAACUUGUUACAGUUCUGCUGUAACCCAUUUGCAACAGCUUAAGUGUAUUGUACACCUCCGCCACAUUUAUACUUUGUAUAAAUCGUCCCAGAAUUGGGAGGUUGACCCAGACAUUCAAUUGGAAGUGGAUUCACUUUGCAUUAAUUAAUUGAUGGGGUUUUUAUUAUAGGCUUUUAAAUGCCUAUUUAAAGGGACAUUAUAGUCACCAAAAGAAUGUUCGCUUCAGGAAGCAGUUUUGGUGUAUAGAUCAUGCCGCUGCUCAGUUCUCUGCCAUUUAAUUGUUAAAUCACUUUGUUUAUGCAGCCAAGUCACACUUCCUUGCAUGUGACUUACACAGCCUUCCUAAACACUUCCUGUAAAGAGUCAUUUCAUGUUUAUACUUUAUUGCAAAUUCGAUUUAAUUUAUAAUUUCUUGUCUACUGCUCUGUUAAUGGCUUGCUAGAUGCUAUAGGAGCCCCCUGUAUGUGAUUAAAGUACAAUUUACAAAAACAGGAGAUAACAACUUUUAAUCUAAUUUAACAUCUGAAAAUUAAUCCAUUUUGUUUUCAUGCAGACUGCUUCAGUGACAGCGAGGGGAGGUUUGUCAAGGGCUUCAUAAACAGAAAGAAAAGUAAUUUAACUCAUUAAUGAAAGAUAAUUAAGCAGUGAGGCUUUUAGAGGCAUGACCUAUAUACAAAAAACGCGUCUUUAAGCUAAGUUGUUUUGGUGACUAUAGUGUUCCUGUUAAGCAAUCACAUGCUGUGUUGACUUCCAGCACUGCAUGUAGCAUAUGAUAAAGUCUUCGGCCAGACUUUAAAAAUGGCUCCGGCUGCUAGAGUGGAGCCUCCGGUAUCCAGUGAUACCUGGGACUCCCUGGUGUGUGUAGGGAUGUAACUAUGCUCACAUUGCAUUGUAGCUAUGGGGAUUUAAAUGCCUGUUUGCAAUGCUCACUUGGGCAUCUGCAAGCAGAGGAUAAUUCAGUCUGGGGCCACUAAUUCUGGCCUUAGCUGACAGAGGGGAGCCGAGCUACCAGAAGAGGAUCGGUUCCUGCUGUUAAAAUACUUACUUUAAGUGAAGGACAACCAUGAGGCAUUAUUUCCGCCAUGCGUUCUUAAAGGACCACUAUAGUGCCAGGAAAACAUACUCGUUUUCCUGGCACUAUAGUGCCCUGAGGGUGCCCCCAUCCUCAGGGUCCCCCUCCCGCCCAGCUCUGGAAGGGGGAAAGGGGGAAAAACGUAUCUUUUUCCAGCGCUGGACGGGGAGCUCUCCUCCUCCGAUCCUCCUCCGUUCCUCCCCGUCGGCUGAAUGCGCACGCGCGGCAAGAGCUGCGCACGCAUUCAGCCAGUCGCAUAGGAAAGCAUUAUCAAUGCUUUCCUAUGGACGCUUACGUGCUCUCACUGUGAUUUUCACAGUGAGAAUCACGCAAGCGCCUCUAGCGGCUGUCAAUGAGACAGCCACUAGAGGAUUUGGGGGAAGGCUUAACCCAUUCAUAAACAUAGCAGUUUCUCUAUGCUAUGUUUAUAAAAGAAUGGGUUAAGCCUAGCUGGACCAGGCACCCAGACCACUUCAUUAAGUGAUUUAACUCCUAAAUGGCAGUGAAUUGAGCAGUGAAAUUGAAGGGGAAAGAUCUAUACACUAAAACUGCUUUAUUUAGCUAAAGUAAUUUAGGUGACUAUAGUGUCCCUUUAAAUCACUUACCUUUGCUCAGAAACCAUUUCUACCAACUGCUUGCCAAAGAUAAUGUAACCAGGAAACAUUAGUUUGCAAUCUGUUUACCUUUUCCUAGUCCUAGAAUGUAAUGUCUGUAACAUGAAAGAUUUGUUAGAAAAAUAAUAGUUUCUCUGAAACUGCUAUGUUUAUAAAAGAAUGGGUUAAGCCUAGCUGGACCAGGCACCCAGACCACUUCAUUAAGCUGAAGUGGUCUGGGUGCCUAGAGUGGUUCUUUAAGGGGUUAAGGGGGCAUUAUGAGCUACUAACUAUUACAGCAUGCUAGCACAGUUUAGAUAUCACACCAUUUAAGAAAGCUUGAUAUAAUCGUGAGUCUUUCCAGUGCCAAGGGAUUACCUCUAUCUUAAAAUUAGGCAAAAAUAGCUGCAAUUUUUCCCCAGUUUAAUUUAAUUUAACAACGUGUAAUUCUUCACCAAUACUGAUUUAGGAUAAGCCUAUUCAUUGCUUUUGCUUAUUAAAUCAUUAAAGGGACACUAUAGUCACCUGAAUAGUGAUGUUCCGAACGGUUCACCGCGGACUCCUCAUUGAGUAAACUUUGACCCUGUACCUCACAGUCAGCAGACACAUUCCAGCCAAUCAGCAGCAGACCCUCCCUCCCAGACUCUCCCACCUCCUGGACAGCUCACUAAGAAUGCAGCUUCACAUUGGAUGCUGUCCAGGAGGUGGGAUGGUCUGGGAGAGAGGUCUGCUGCUGAUUGGCUGGAAUGUGUCUGCUGACUGUGAGGUACAGGUUCAAAGUUUACUCAAUGAUGAGUCCGCGGCGAACCGUUCGGGACAUAACUACACCUGAACACCUUUAGCUUAAUGAAGUAGUUUUGGUGUAUAGAACAUGCCCCUGCAGCCUCACUGCUCAAUUCACUGCCAUUUAGGAGUUAAAUCCCUUUGUUUAUGAACCCUAGUCACACCUCCCUGCAUGUGACUUGCACAGCCUUCCAUAAACACUUCCUGUAAAGAGAGCCCUAUUUAGGCUUUCUUUAUUGCAAGUUCUGUUUAAUUAAGAUUUUCUUAUCCCCUGCUAUGUUAAUAGCCUGCUAGACCCUGGAAGAGCCUCAUGUAUGUGAUUAAAGUUCAAUUUAGAGAUUGAGAUACAAUUAUUUAAGGUAAAUUACAUCUGUUUGAAAGUGAAACCAGUUUUUUUUUCAUGCAGUCAAUCAGAGCCAGGGGAGGUGUGGCUAGGGCUGCAUAAACAGAAACAAAGUGAUUUAACUCCUAAAUGGCAGUGAAUUGAGCAGUGAAAUUGAAGGGGAAAGAUCUAUACACUAAAACUGCUUUAUUUAGCUAAAGUAAUUUAGGUGACUAUAGUGUCCCUUUAAAUCACUUACCUUUGCUCAGAAACCAUUUCUACCAACUGCUUGCCAAAGAUAAUGUAACCAGGAAAAAUUAGUUUGCAAUCUGUUCACCUUUUCCUAGUCCUAGAAUGUAAUGUCUGUAACAUGAAAGAUUUGUUAGAAAAAUAAUACUUGUGGUUAAAAAGAGAAAUAAAAGUGCUUCCUAUAAUUUGCCUUGACAGUUUAGAUUGUAUACGACGACAGUGUAAACAUGCUUGUAUUGAGAGAAAAUUAUUGUAAAUAUUGAUACAUUUUCCUUAUUCCUCACUAACCAUGGCAGCGUUAAUCAUUGGGUAUUACACAAACACUAGUAAAACCGUGAGGGCCAAGUAAAGGAAAUUACUAUUAGAGAGAAACAGAAUUGGAAAUAGAAUUACCAACCUGAACUGAGAAGCAGAAGUAACAUACAAACAGUAAUGAAAGUGAAAGUGAAGUAUUCAGAAAAGACCAGUAGCUCUACAAAUGCUCACAAAAGUCAAAAGAACCUCUGCAGCUCAGGAGGUUGAGACAAAUCUCAUGGAUUGAGCCAUGAUGGCAUCGGAUCAUGGUCAGCUUCAUAAGCUUAUGAUGUAGAAAUAUCAGUCCAGUCCUAGAACUUUCAAAUAGAUACAGCUUUUCCUUUGAGUUACCCUAUGCAAUAAUGAUCUGCUGUGAGAAUUUCCUCCAGGAUGUUGUGUAGUUGAUAAGGACAUUGAACCAAAGCCAGUUUAUGCCUUGUCUUCUAACAUAGAGGGAGACUGGAGGAAUUGAGGAACAAUGACCUCUUGGUUAAGGUUAUAUAGUGAUACUACCUUCGGUAAAAAAUGAGGCAUAGGUCUUAGAAAACACCUUAUUUUGGAAGAAAGUCAUAAAGAGUUCAUCUGAGGAAAAAACUCUAAUAUCAGUAAUUCAUCUGGAAGAGGCACCAUUACAGUCUUCUAUCCGAGCAGAGUCAAGUUUGCUUCCUACAAUGGUUCUGUAAAGCUUGAUCAAAUCUGUGUUUAUUCCAUUAUAGGAAACAUUUUGGUCUUUAGCUGCUAGCUGCACGUUCCCUCUGGUGAUUGAUAUAUGAUUGUCCAAUCAUGCAAACCCACUUCCCUAUAGAUAAUUGUGAGAGUGGAGCAAAUUUGAGAAGACUGCUUGAAGAUCCCUGAUGUAUGGCAGCAGCAGUUGGCAAAUAGGUUGCCUAAGUGCACCCCCAAACCUAUAGACUGACAUUGAAUGUGCCCAAUGUGAAUUGUCCAGUAUAUUUCUUCCAGUGGAAAGCCCAGAGUUAGGUUGUAAAGAUCAAGCCUUUCGGUGUUUUUUCAGAACAUUGGGAAUGGUAAUGAGUGUGUCCCAUUGGUGUUUGUGAGGACUUAAACAGCUAAGAAACUACCUCUGAGGUGCCAUUGUGCCCAUCAUACUAAGUCUAGCGUGGAUGAUCAUGUUCUGAUUUAUAGAAAGGCCAAUGCUGCUUCCAUUGUUGGCAAUGAUUUAAACUGUUUUAACUGUACUUUGGACUCCACUGUGUUUUAGUUCACAUUCAGAAGGAUGUUUUCCUUGGUUGAAUGGAGUUGGCCUUCCUUCUGAUUGUUCACCAUCCAAAGCAAAUAUUACUCUCAUUUGGCAUAGAGCUAUGCAUUUUCACAUUUAACUGAUACAGACCUGCGUGUCUUGUACUACUCUGUUAUACGUUGUAUUCUAUACAAAAAAGAAGGAAUGACAGGAGGAUUCUCUUGCCGAAAUAAAAAGAUAUUUAGAAAGAGCUAUGCAGACAUUAUAACUAGUCCAUGGAACAAUACUGAUACGAAAAUGAAAAUGCAUGGGAUUUAAUAUGCUGGCUGAAAAUGCAGAAUCAAAGAGAGAUGUGGUGAACCUAAAGUUUAUAGACCUUAAAGGACCACUAUAGUGCCAGGAAAACAUACUCGUUUUCCUGGCACUAUAGUGCCCUGAGGGUGCCCCCACCCUCAGGGACCCCCUCCCGCCCGGCUCUGGAAUGGGGAAAGGGGUUUAAACUUACCUUUUACCAGCGCUGGGCGGAGAGCUCUCCUCCUCUGAUCCUCCUCCGUUCCGCCCCGUCGGCUGAAUGCACACGCGCGGCAAGAGCUGCGCGCGCAUUCAACCGGUCACAUAGGAAAGCAUUUACAAUGCUUUCCUAUGGACGCUGGUGUGCUCUCACUGUGAAAAUCACAGUGAGAAGCACGCAAGCGCCUCUAGCGGCUGUCAAUGAGACAGCCACUAGAGGAUUAGGGGGAAGGCUUAACCCAUUAAUAAACAUAGCAGUUUCUCUGAAACUGCUAUGUUUAUUAAAAAAUGGGUUAACCCUAGCUGGACCUGGCACCCAGACCACUUCAUUAAGCUGAAGUGGUCUGGGUGCCUAGAGUGGUCCUUUAAGCAGUCUCAAGGAUUGAUAAUACAAAUGAUAGAGGAAAAUGAUUCUUUUCGGAAUAGGUGAGUCAAACAGUUGAUCUAUACAAAAAAACAAAAGAUCAGCACUAUCCAGCCACAAAAAAACAAAUGGAGGCCUGUUCAUGAACCCCAAAAAGAAACAUAGUAAAAUCAAAGGAAAAGAGGAAGGUAACGCCAAUAAAUAUAUGUACUGUUAAAUGUGUAUAUAUAAAAACCUAAAAUGUGUAAUACAUAUAUCAGAUAUUGAAAAGGGUAUUCUUCUUAUAGGAAAUAUCAGGUCAGAGGUAGCUUGGAAUCUCUAUAUACAUAUAAGAAAGCAGAAAAAAAUCCCAGUGGUACAGUAUAUCUCACGGAGCUUAAUUGAGUAAAAGAUAAGGGUAAUUCUACUCACAUUUACCAGAUCUAUGAGCAGCUCUAGUGUAGAUGGUGUAAAGUGGUAUUAUUCCCACUUCUAGGAUAUAUGGGUAGACUUAGUUCUCAGGUAUCACAACAGUAUAGCAGCAAGAAGACUCAAAAUAGGACAGAAAUAAUGCUCUCUGUAUGUAUUGAGCCAGGAGUGAUACAAAUAUAUAUUGUACUACCAUUUAAUUGAGCAUGCUAACUGCUCAGUGAAUAGGGAACAGGUGGUACGAUCCCCACUUUUGAUUCUUUGGUGAGAUUCUAAUUGGAAUAAAUGAACUGGAUGUCAGGCAAAUUAAAUAAUAAAAUAUAUUACAAGAAAUAAAAAGUAAAGUGGUAAAAUUUUGGUGUAAAAGUAGCCAAUAUUCCUUUAUUAACAUACAAUUAAAAAUAAUGUUCCACAACGCAUUUCACCACGCAGCGCUUUAUCAAGUCAAAAUCCUGUGUGAUUAAACACUUUAUAAAACCUUAUUUCUCAUUCAAAUAUGUACUGAAGAACAGAAAGCUGUCAGAUCAUUUUGUAGAGCAAAUGCAAAAACAGAGGGUCUAGGGUUUUUUAAAAUAAAAUUAAAAUAUGUAUGUGUAUAUAUACAUUUUUGGGUUGCUUUGUUUCACCUUCAAAUGUUGUAAAAGACUAAGGAGACACUUGCUAGCUUGGUAAAAAUCAUUUCAAUACUGAAAUGUCUGCAUUCUUAUAACCAUUGUAAAAUAAAUAGACUUUAUAUUUUUAUUUUUAUGAAAUGAUGACCUUUCUUUAUGGAAAUUAAAUCAAAAUUAAUUUGUAAAAGGCCAUGUUGAGAACAAAAAAAAGAUGACUGUUCCUAGCAAUAAAUAAAAUAAGCCUUUGAUGUCGCAAAAAAAAGUAGCAUAAUUUUGCUUUUGACAGCAUCAACAAUUUUGUUCCAAGACAAAAUGGAACUCCUGACAGCAAUCAUUUCAGGAGAUUGCAGGAUAUCUACCUCAGUAGUGGCUAUGAGAGGUGGAUUUCCUGUGGUAUUUAGCCAGCCUGUCUUGGAAAAUACACAAUCACAAAGAUUAACAUGUACAUGUCAGAUUUGUUUGGCUGCUAUUUCAAACAUUCAAUAAAUAUACUACUACAAAAUAAUUAGCACGUCAACCAUAAUCAGUGCAGAUAAAGGCCGCUUAAUUAACACUCUGUCUAUUAUAGUCAUGGUAAAAAAACACCACUUGUCCUUUUCAGAUGACCACUGAUUUGUCCUGAUAGAAUCCUCAUUAAUGUAGCACAAGCUAUCUCUAUAUGAAUUUCUGAGGUCAACCAGGCAACUAUAUUACAUACCUGUUGGUGGUAUGUUUUCUCCAGAACAUCUCGCUUAUGAUCCCAUCAUGUAAUAAAUUGAUAUAUCUGACUGGCAUAUAUUUCAUGUUUUGACAACACUUCCAAAAACUCCUCCACCCAAGUCGUAAAACCAGUUUAUUAUGCCCUCACAACAUCUGCCAAAUUUUGUACAGAGCUGUUAUUAUACAGAGCGCAGAUCUGUGAAUGCAACACCUUUUUUUUCCCUUUUUUUUUUUUUAAAGAGACAGCAAAUUUGACAGCCGAUAAGAUCCGCUUGGAGAUAUUUCCUAUUUAAAGCAAAUAGUUUAUUUUGUUUCUUUCUCAAGAAUUGUGAAUGUCUUUCCCAAGCUUUUUUGGAUUCUUUAAUGGUCUGUAUUUUAUGAUAGGGGGCUGAUGAGUGAUGGACUAACUUCAAUAUAAUACAGGAGCUGGGGAACUUUUUUCAUUUUAUUUUUCGUCACUAUCUGCACUUGGAAUCUUUCCCAUUCCCAUGUUAAUUACGAUUCCUUCAUGGGAAGCAUAGUGUAGUUUAUAUGAUGUGAGGCUGUUACUUGAUGGAAUAAUGCAUCAUCUUGUUUAUCAGUUUGCUUCCAGAGAUCUUAAGAACAUUGUAAAAGAGACAAUAUAGUCUGUCAUGCUGACCUUUUCUCGUCUAAUCCAUUGCACCCAUUGCUCCUUAUAGAGAGCAUUGGGUCGAAACGUGUAUACACGGCAAGUGCUGCGCUCCUUCAAUCAAAUGUAGAUUAGCUGUGAGUUUGACUCAGUUAUCACAGCAGAAGCUCCUCUAGUUGCUGUCAGGAAGAUAGCCAUCAGAGGCAUAUUUUAUCUUGCAAUGUAGGCAUUGCCAUAUCUACUAAACAGCAAUGUUUAACAUUGUAGGGUUAAAACUAAAGGACCACUGCACCCAGACGACUUAAUUGAGAUAAAGUGGUCUGGGUGCCAAUAAUGGUCCUUUUACACAUAUACAGGCAGUGCAGAAUUAUUAGGCAAAUGAGUAUUUUGACCACAUCAUCCUCUUUAUGCAUGUUGUCUUACUCCAAGCUGUAUAGGCUCGAAAGCCUACUACCAAUUAAGCAUAUUAGGUGAUGUGCAUCUCUGUAAUGAGAAGGGGUGUGGUCUAAUGACAUCAACACCCUAUAUCAGGUGUGCAUAAUUAUUAGGCAACUUCCUUUCCUUUGGCAAAAUGGGUCAAAAGAAGGACUUGACAGGCUCAGAAAAGUCAAAAAUAGUGAGAUAUCUUGCAGAGGGAUGCAGCACUCUUAAAAUUGCAAAGCUUCUGAAGCGUGAUCAUCGAACAAUCAAGCGUUUCAUUCAAAAUAGUCAACAGGGUCGCAAGAAGCGUGUGGAAAAACCAAGGCGCAAAAUAACUGCCCAUGAACUGAGAAAAGUCAAGCGUGCAGCUGCCACGAUGCCACUUGCCACCAGUUUGGCCAUAUUUCAGAGCUGCAACAUCACUGGAGUGCCCAAAAGCACAAGGUGUGCAAUACUCAGAGACAUGGCCAAGGUAAGAAAGGCUGAAAGACGACCACCACUGAACAAGACACACAAGCUGAAACGUCAAGACUGGGCCAAGAAAUAUCUCAAGACUGAUUUUUCUAAGGUUUUAUGGACUGAUGAAAUGAGAGUGAGUCUUGAUGGGCCAGAUGGAUGGGCCCGUGGCUGGAUUGGUAAAGGGCAGAGAGCUCCAGUCCGACUCAGACGCCAGCAAGGUGGAGGUGGAGUACUGGUUUGGGCUGGUAUCAUCAAAGAUGAGCUUGUGGGGCCUUUUCGGGUUGAGGAUGGAGUCAAGCUCAACUCCCAGUCCUACUGCCAGUUCCUGGAAGACACCUUCUUCAAGCAGUGGUACAGGAAGAAGUCUGCAUCCUUCAAGAAAAACAUGAUUUUCAUGCAGGACAAUGCUCCAUCACACGCGUCCAAGUACUCCACAGCGUGGCUGGCAAGAAAGGGUAUAAAAGAAGAAAAUCUAAUGACAUGGCCUCCUUGUUCACCUGAUCUGAACCCCAUUGAGAACCUGUGGUGCAUCAUCAAAUGUGAGAUUUACAAGGAGGGAAAACAGUACACCUCUCUGAACAGUGUCUAGGAGGCUGUGGUUGCUGCUGCACGCAAUGUUGAUGGUGAACAGAUCAAAACACUGACAGAAUCCAUGGAUGGCAGGCUUUUGAGUGUCCUUGCAAAGAAAGGUGGCUAUAUUGGUCACUGAUUUGUUUUUGUUUUGUUUUUGAAUGUCAGAAAUGUAUAUUUGUGAAUGUUGAGAUGUUAUAUUGGUUUCACUGGUAAUAAUAAAUAAUUGAAAUGGGUAUAUAUUUGUUUUUUGUUAAGUUGCCUAAUAAUUAUGCACAGUAAUAGUCACCUGCACACACAGAUAUCCCCCUAACAUAGCUAUAACUAAAAACAAACUAAAAACUACUUCCAAAAAUAUUCAGCUUUGAUAUUAAUGAGUUUUUUGGGUUCAUUGAGAACAUGGUUGUUGUUCAAUAAUAAAAUUAAUCCUCAAAAAUACAACUUGCCUAAUAAUUCUGCACUCCCUGUAGAUAUUUUGUGUCUUGGAAAUAUCAGGACACAUUUUUCAUCUACUCAUUGUGAACCCAUUUAGGUGAGUUUCCGACAGCAAUCUGUGCCGAAUCACCAGCUUUCUAAGUCUAAAUAAGGUAAGCCUUACUGUUCCAGGUUGCCGUCCAACCCCUAAAAAAAUAAUCAUUAUCAUUUUGCACGUCUAGAAGAACAAGGAAGACUGAAGGUGUCUAUUGUUAAGCAGCAGUUUUAAAGAUAUAUUAAAAAUGUUUUCUUUUGAUUGGCUAUUUUGUUUUUACAUUUGAAAGAUUUUAAAUGUUUGGGAAAUGUUCUAUACCUGUUGUGGAAACCAUGAAAUUUGUAGUUAAAUCUCUGCACGAGAGCAUCAAAUAUCUAGCCCUUACAGACAACCAUCUGCUGGAACUAUAAAAAGGGAUAUAAAGAAAGAUAUUUCUCUUUAUAGAGAACAUAACAGUAGAAUUAUAUAUCCCCUCAGGAAAUCCCUCCAUCAUACGAUAUUUGUAUAUUCCAACCAGACCUAGGUUUAUAAAAAAAGUAAGCAAUGUUGGCAAAACCACAAACAUUUAUACAUACAUACAUUUAAAAUAUAUAUAUUUUUAUAUCAAUAAACCAUCACUGCAGGAUAAAUAUUUUGAAGAAAUUGACAAACCUAAAACUUAGACCGAUAAAGAUUAAGUUGGGGAUGAAUCCUUUUGGCACCCCAACAGACAGCUUGUUUUUUUAUGAGUCAGUGAAUGUUAUGAUUUAUCGAGGCAUUUUACUCAACCACAGUCAGGGUUGGUAGGCGAUGGGAGCAGAAAUGCAAUGUGAAACUGGUGUUCUAGCUCGCUUUACUGUUGUCCCUGCUAGGCACUAAGCAUUUUUCAUAUAUACGGCAGAGGAAUACACAUCUCCUUUAAUCUGUGAAAUCGAGGGUUUGUGGACAUCUAGUGGAACAUUUAUCUUACUACACUCCAACAGAAGCCAAGAAGUUAGUGGAAGUGAUUGUGGGAUUCAGUGGUUUCAACUUGAUUGCUCUCCACCUCACCAUGUUCAAAAUGGAGGAAUAUUGGGGCUAUAUAUCGGGAACCGAGAUUAAUGAGUACGGUUGGUCAACUAACUUCCCCUUUUUAGGGGAGAAACCCAUUUUGUCAUUGAAUUGCUAAUAUAUGUCCCUCUUUUGAAGAUAAAUAAAAAAUUAAAGUAAACUUUGUUUUUCUAACAUCACGAGAGAACACACCUGGAAAACCAUUUCAGGUUAUUGAAGACCAUUCUGGAAUCUGGUGACAUGAAAUGUUGAUUUGUUUUUCUCAAUGUAUAUGCAUCCCCCAGCAAUUUAAUUUCAAAUAAAGUGUUUUUGAGUUUUAAAAUUUGUUUUGUCACUGCAAGUAAAUUUACUAGUUUACCUGUGACUUUCUCCUAUAAAAUAAAUAUCAUGCAGUCGUGUCAGAGAUAGAUAUAGAGAUAAUACAUGCAAUGGUGAGGUUCCAAGCCGCUGUUAGAUCUGGGUAUGGCAGCUGGUACUUCCCAAACCAGAGUCUCUUCUCUCUGGUCGUAAUUAGGUAUCGAUCAGGAAAGGGUACAUAUAUCUGUGUAUAAGCUCCAGAAAAUUGUAAGUGGCAUUUCUCUUAUUUCACCUCACCACCUAUAUAUUAUACUACUCUAUAUUCUGUUUUCUGUCUUCAUAUUUUUCAUAUUGACUCACCACCCAGAAUGCGCUGCUUCCUUUUACCCUUUCCUGAGAUAUAGAUAUAUAAUUAGAUUUUCUCACGCCUCCUGGGUGGUAUAUAUUCCUCAUUCUAAGGUUCCCACUGGAGGCCUGGGAGUCUAAGGGUUCUUUGCAGUAUCUUAGCUGUUCCUAGAACUGCACUGUUUAGACAGUGGUCUCCGAUGUUACACCUCUGAUAUAUGUAUACUUUAUAUAUGUGUAUAAUAUUUGUGCAGGUGUUUGAGAGCUUUUCAGACUAUAUUUUAUUUUGGAAUAUAUAGUAGUGGAAUUUUGUAAAUGUUUAUUUUAUUUAUGUGCCCUUUAUUUUUUUCAGGGUUGCUUACCUGCGGAUCAAAAAAUUCAGCAAAGAAGCCAUUAGCCGUAUUGUUGCACGAGCUCCCUAUUUGCUGAACUUUUCAGUAGAGAGACUGGAUAACCGUCUAGGCUUUUUCCAGAAAGAACUCGGACUCAGUGCGGAAAAGGUGAGACAGUGAUUUCUUUUCCUGAUAUAUGGGUUCUAAUACUUGAGUUUAAAGCAUAUUAACUGCCUAUAUUUUUAAAUGAUACACCGUGGAGGUGAUUUAUCAAAGUGUUUGUUUCUAAAAAGUGGUCUAAAGUUUCCAUUAUUGUGUCCAUUCUUUAACGAAGGAUUCUUCACUGAUUAAGCUGUUUUUCUCCAUUUAAAAAAUUAAAAAUAUAUUUUAUAUUUAGCAGGUAUUACAGGUAUGUCAAGAAAUAAUAAAAUAGUAAACUAUAACAAAAUAAGCAUUUAUUAAACCAAUGCAAUAAGAGUUAAAAUAUAUAGCAGUAGUAUUCUCAGAAACUCAGCAGCGUAGAGAACUAGGGCCAGCGCACCCUGUCUUCAUUUUUACUUAAAUAGAGAGGGUAAUGCAAGAAAGUGAGAACAGAAAUAAAAGUAAAAACAAACAAUAAAAAUUUAUAUUAGAGUAUUUUGUUUUAAUAUUUUUAGAGAAGUUUAUCUUCAUUCAGUAAGAUGGAAAUUUACAAUAAACCAGUAGGAUAUAGGUGUUUGUUUUAAAAAUGUGAUCCAUUCUUAUUCUUGUGUGUGUCCAAUGUUACAGUUUUACGGGAGGAUUUACAUUGCAGUUUGUUUGUGUGUGUAUAUGUGUGCGUUUAUAAGUGGUAUAUUAUUAUGCAAUGCAUAAUUGAAUUUUACAAGUAAAAAUUAUGUGUUUCAAUUAUAGACUAGAGACUUGAUAACUCGCUUUCCAAGAAUGGUGACUGGAAGCCUUGAACCUAUUCGAGAAAAUCUGAAGGUAGAGCACGCACACACUUUUUAUUUACGAAUACUACAGUAAGGCAUACAAUAAGAACCUGUUAUGUUUUUUUUUUGAUUGUUGCCAAAACAACACUAGUUUCAUUUUGUUUUAACUGUUAACACGAGCACCUGACUUUGUUUAUUUUUCUGUUACUGUUUUUACAUAUUUUGAAAUCUUUCGUACUGAUUUAUGCCCAAGCAAAAAAAGAAACCUAUUACAAAAGCUUGUUUCUUCCAACGGUGCAUAUUUAAAAACCAACCAAAUAAAUAAACUACCAUGAAAUAUCAUAAAGUAAUUGCAUCUUCCCUUUAUCUACUUGUAAUGGAAUUUUAGAACCAAUACUUCUUCAUCAAAUAUUAUGGUGACUUACUGACAACGGGUAAAAAAAUAAUCUUUAGGGAUGUUUAUUGCCUACUUUGGGCCAAGAUUUUUUUGGGUACAUGCAAAAGCAUUAGUUAGAUGAAUUAUACCAAAGUGGGACCCUUAGUGGAAGAAGUUAUUUGUAAAAUGUUUUUUUUUUUUUGUUGUUUUUUUUUUACUUGCAUACAUUGGAAUUGUCUGUUAUGUUGUUUUCCAGGUGUUUGAAAUUGAGUUGGGCUUCCGUAAGAAUGAAAUACAACAUAUAGCAUUGAGGGUUCCCAGAAUUCUCACCAACCAUAAGAACAGACUAACAGAAACGUUUGAUUAUGUGCACAAUGAAAUGGGAAUCCCUCACCAUAUGAUUGCCAAAUUUCCACAGGUAUGGUAUUGCGAUGUCAUAAAAUAAGAUUCUAAGAUAUCCAAUUCUACAUAGACAAUACCUAGAUACCAGGUCCCCUAUUUGUUGUGAUAAACAUUCCUUCAUGUUGCAACCCUAAUCUUUCUAAGUGAAUGCUGUUGUGCAGACCCACAGGGAUCUGUACUUGGACCCAUUCUCUUUAAUAUUUUUAUUAGUGAUAUUGCAGAAGGUCUUGAUGGUAAGUUAUGUAUUUUUGCUGAUGAUACUAAGAUAUGUAACAGGGUUGAUGUUCCAGGAGGGAUAAGCCAAAUGGCAAAUGAUUUAGGUAAACUAUAAAAAUAGUCAGUAUUGUGGCAACUGACAUUUAAUGUGGAUAAGUGCAAGAUAAUGCAUCUUGGACGUAAAAACCCAAGGGCAGAGUACAGAAUAUUUGAUAGAGUCCUAACCUCAACAUAUGAGGAAAGGGAUUUAGGGGUGAUUAUUUCUGAUGACUUAAAGGUAGGCAGACAAUGUAAUAGAGCAGCAGGAAAUGCUAGCAGAAUGCUUGGUUGUAUAGGGAGAGGUAUUAGCAGUAGAAAGAGGGAAGUGCUCAUGCCAUUGUACAGAAUACUGGUGAGACCUCACUUGGAGUAUUGUACACAGUACUGGAGACCGUAUCUUCAGAAGGAUAUUGAUACCUUAGAGAGGGUUCAGAGAAGGGCUACUAAACUGGUUCAUGGAUUGCGGGAUAAAACUUACCAGGAAAGGUUAAAGGAUCUUAACAUGUAUAGCUUGGAGGAAAGACGAGACAGGGGGGAUAUGAUAGAAACAUUUAAAUACAUAAAGGGAAUCAACACAGUAAAGGAGGAGACUAUAUUUAAAAGAAGAAAAACUACCACAACAAGAGGACAUAGUCUUAAAUUAGAGGGACAAAGGUUUAAAAAUAAUAUCAGGAAGUAUUACUUUACUGAGAGGGUAGUGGAUGCAUGGAAUAGCCUUCCAGCUGAAAUGGUAGAGGUUAACACAGUAAAGGAGUUUAAGCAUGCGUGGGAUAGGCAUAAGGCUAUCCUAACUAUAAGAUAAGGCUAGAGACUAAUGAAAGUAUUUAGAAAAUUGGGCAGACUAGAUGGGCCGAAUGGUUCUUAUCUAUCGUCACAUUCUAUGUUUCUAUGUAAGUGAUGCAAAAUAAAUCCUCCCAGAGUGUUUUAAGAACUAAUGCAAAUAAUUUAAUGUAAUAAACGAAAACAUGACAAAACAGAUGUGGCUUUUCAUGUCUGGGAAGUUAAAUCUUAUUUAGUAGUGGACAAUUAAUCAAUUUCUUUAUAUUAUUAUUUUUUUUUUCUCAGACGUGUGUGUGUGUGUGUGUACUUAAUUUUUUUUUUUUCUAGCUGUGUAAGUGUGUUUUUUACCUACCUCCACUGUACUUCACACCUUAGUAAAUGCUUCAGUAUGAUUUAGAAAAGUGGGGAACCGUCUUUAACAGAAAUGAUCUAUAAAUGAUAUUUAUAACAUUUGAAUUUUUAGAUACAUGGGGGAUUCUCAAAUUUUUUAAAUCAAUUUACAUAAUCCUGGAAGUUUUUUAUUUAAGUAUAUUGGGUGUACGCUGGCUGUUAUGGUAAGCCGGGCCCAGCCUGUCAUGAGACAUUUUUUUUUUUAGGUUACCUUGGCUUUUUAUUUAAAUUGCAAGCCAGAAGAUAGAUGAGCAAGAUACACUUUUCAGUAGUUAUUUUGCCUGCUGGAAAUGUAUAGUCCCAUUUUAUCCUUGUGCAAUACAUAUCAAACCUGUUAUUUGCUUUGCAAAGUCCUGCACAGGUUGAUAUUCUAAUGUUGAAAGAUGUAGCACUAACUAGCUAGCAUUUGGUCACUUCAUCGCAAAUCUGGUAUUAUCAGUUUAUAUAUUGCCAUUACAAACAAUUUUUUUUUUCUCCAGGUUUUUAAUACAAAGCACUUAAGGCUGAAGGAGAGACACCAGUUUCUUACAUUUCUGGGAAGGGCGACGUAUGACCCAUUGCAACCCAACUACGUGUCUCUAGACAGAUUAGCAUCUCUGCCUGACAACUUGUUUUGUGAAGAGGUUGCCAAAGCAACAGUUGAAGAGUUAGAAACAUUCCUAAAAACACUUUAAUUAAAUUAUUUAUUCAAACCAGUUUGAAGAAAGAUUAUUUUGUUUAUGUUUGUGUGUAUGUAACAGAAUACUGUAUCUGACUGCUGUAUAUUUCC